GGGUCACCUGACUAAGAAAGAAUGCCCACAAAGCCGCGGGAAAUCACACGUAAAAACUUAAAAUGGCACACGGACGAAGUGUUUAAAAGAGGCGAUUCGUUUGCGUGAAUUUUCCUUCGGUUUUCAGGUUUGAUUGGUAUCUACUAUGGCUGCUGAUGAAGAAAAACCUGGAGACUCAAUAGAAAAGGAGAAAGUAUUCAAAGAAGUGAAAUACUACGUCAUUGGGACGCUCGAGGACUCGAUUGAAAAGUUGCUACAGGAUGGCGGUGGGAGUCAGGAAUCGUAUUUGACAGACAGGGUGACGCAUGUGAUAGCAGAAGAAGAUGACCACCCUGAGAUUAGUGAAGCCCGGGAUCUCUUUGACCUGCCGGUCGUAUCGCCAUCGUGGGUUGAGAUGUCCCUGCACUGUGGUAGAGUCCUCCCUACCAAGGCAUUUCAACCGGAGAAGUCGCAGCUCUUUUCCAACGUCAAGGCUUGCUUCUCUCAGAUGUGUGCAAGAGACCGUGAGGCAUUGUGGGCCAUGGUGACAUUCUACGGCGGAUCUUGCCAGCUAAAUCUCAACAAACACUGUACUCAUCUGAUCACUCCUAGUACCGAAGGGGCUAAAUAUGAAUGUGCUGUGUGCCAUGCUGACGUUAUCAGUAUCGUCACGCCAGACUGGAUUAUCGAUACCAUCAAUGCCAAGAAGCUACAAGCAACAAAAACAUACCAUCCAAGUUUGGUCGUAAUCAAGGUACCAGAAACAGACUCUGAGGUGCCCAUGGAAACAGACUCGACUGUGAUCGAUGGCAACGACAGCCAGUCACAAGAGACAUCUCAGGACGAAUUGAAAGCGUCCCAGGAUGCCCCGGGCCAGCUGCUGACGCACGGCACCCCGCAGAAGCAAGCCAUGAAGGCCGUCUUCAAGAUGAAGGCGCCGUGGCAACAAGAACUACCUCUCAUGCCGGAGCUUCCUCCUGUCGCUGACAUAGCCCCGCCCCCGGUGUCGCACCGCAAACACAAGAAGGAGAAAAAGAAAAAGAAGAAAAAGAACAAAGACAAGGACAAAAGCCGCAAAGACAAGAAGAAAGAUAAGCAUUCUCACGAGCGACACACCGGCACCGCCAGCCCUAGUAGCAGCAGCACCAUCACUGAACCCAAUAGCAACAGCCCUAUGAGUAACUCUUUACCCAGAACGCUGCGCAACAUCACCAACGGUGUGGAUGCGUUCAUGCCCACUAUGCCGCAGGGCGGAGAGAAGAGGCAGAUGUCACAGGUCCUGAGUGCUAUCGCCGGAAUGGCAUCGCAACAGCAGACGCGUAACGAGAUGAUGAACGCAAACUUACCGCUACCCGAACAGAAAACGUACUACGGACACGAUCCAACGUACACGCUGGCCGGCGAAAAUUGUCUCCUCGGGUGCAUCUUUCUGAUUAUCGAGUACCCUCAGCUUCUUGGACCUCAUUACAUAGCAACGUGGAGAAAGGUAAUAAGUGAGCAUGGAGGCAUCGUGGAUGACUGCUACUCAGAUCGUAUCACUCACUUGCUGUGUGACUCGCAGAGGACAGAAGUCUUCAGUCUGGCAAUUAAAGACGGCAAGCGGUGCGUGACUGCCAACUGGUUGAACGACUGUUUGAAGAUCAAAAAGAUGCAACCGCCCUGGAGAGCUCUGCACUUCCCUGUCAUCGCUUAUCCAUUGCAGCCGGCGCCCUGUAAAGAUCAGGUUAUUUCUAUGUCAGGGUUUGAAGGAGGUGAACGCAAUGACGUCAAAACGUUAAUUGAGCUACUGGGCGCCAAAUACACGGGUUACUUCACCAGGGGAAACACGCUGCUGGUUUGCAAUAGGAUGGAAGGAGCAAAGUACGAGAAGGCACAAGAGUGGCGGAUACCAGUGAUCAACGUGCAGUGGUUGAAUGACCUGGUGCUUGGUAACCAUGAAUCUGUCCGCAACCUGAACACAGCUAGAUAUCAACUCUAUGACCUGCCAGACCCAUUUAAGAUCGACAAGUACGGACAUAUGUGCACCAGUCUGAUGGAUCCAUGGACUGUUCCUUUGAAGAUCUCCCACGCUGCAAAAAAGUUAUGCAAGGCAUUGCUCGGCAAGAAGUUCUUGUCCAACCUCGGUCAGAAGGCAGGUCAGUUGAUGAAGCGAAAAUGUGAACAAGGCUUUCCCUUAGCCAAGAGACAAAGGAAGGGCAGCAUGAAUGUUGAAGAGGACUGGGAGGGGUCGCCUCGUAUGCUGGACCCAGACAAGAUCCCCUAUGUCCUGUUCACUGGCAUCGAUAGCAGGGCCAUUCCUGAACUCAUCAAGAAAUUGGAGAAGUUGGGUGGUCGCAUGGCAGACACCAUGGCAUCCUGCACCCAUCUGGUGACAAACAAAGUGACACGGACUGUCAAGUUCUUGUCAGGGGUGUCUGUGUGUCGGUUCAUUGUCACUCCCAUGUGGAUCGAAGAAAGUUACAAGAGCAGAUGGUUUCUAGAUGAAAACAGCUUCCUGUUAAAUGAUUUGGAGGCGGAGGCAGCGUUUUCAUUCAAACUGAAGGAAUCUAUGGCCAGAGCUAGUCAGAGAAAACUGCUCAAGGAUGUGACACUGUAUCUGACCCCCGGUGUGCAGCCGGGUCCGACACUCAUACGUGACAUCAUAGAGAUGGCUGGGGGUCGGCUACUGACCUCUCGUCCAUCGUUGGCUAAAAUCAGUGCCAUGCAAAGCACUAUGGGAGCCUCUGCAUUUGUAGUCAUCAGCUGCGAGAAUGACCUGCCUUGGUGUCGUGAUUUCUUCCGUCAUAAAAUUGAUGUGCACAAUGCCGAGUUCGUACUGACCGGCGUCCUGAGACAGCAGCUAGAUUUCACGUCAUUCAGAUUUUCCCCACCCUGAACGGAGGCUGAUGUUAUGUAUGGUCAGUUGAUAUGAUACGAGAAGACUAAUGACCAUUGAUUCAGUGUGUCUUCAGACCAGCAACUCCACAGGGCAGUGUCGUUUCAACUGACAGCAGGCAGCUUUGUACGUCAAGCCAAAUGUCGACAUCCUUGAAGAAGACAGUUUUAAACACUGGACGUUUGCUCCCAGUCAUUUAGCGUAUCGUGUAUGCAUGGACGUUUUAUCAAGAUAGGCACGGGUCUUGCUUUUUGUUUUUACAAAGGUAUUUUUAAGAUCAACGGGCUACAUAAAUGUGCUGUCCAACGCAAGUGUAAGUGGGAAUGCGGCAUUGAAGCAUGGAAUCAUGUAAUCAACUGGGAAUUACUCAUUCUCAGCGUAGGUUCUGCAAUA